AUGGCCGAGACUGAGGAAAAGGAGAAGGUGUCAGCAGAAGCCUCAGGGUUCUCGGAUUUGAGUGACUCAGAAUUUCUGGAUCUGGAGGAUACCCAAGAGUUGAGUGAUUCACUUAGCAAGCCCGGCCCUUCUUCUGAACUCACCGGGAAGGAUGGCAAGCUCAUAAGCUUUCCAAAGUGGAAAAAGGGAUUGGAUGUCUUAUCACCCAUGGAGCGAUUCCACCUUAAAUAUUUGUAUGUGACUGACCUGUCUACUCAAAACUGGUGUGAACAGCAAAUGGUAUAUGGAAAGGAACUUCCUGAUUCCUUGGAACCUGAGAAGGCAGCUAUUUUGGACACUGGUGCCAGUAUCCACCUAGCUAGAGAACUAGAACUUCAUGAUCUUGUGACUAUCUCCACCACCAGUAAAGAAGACGCGUGGGCAGUUAAGUUUCUGAAUAUGUUAUCAAUGAUUCCUACCCUGCAGUCAGAAGGGCGCAUCAGAGAGUUUCCAGUGUUCGGAGAAGUGGAGGGUGUGCUUCUUGUUGGAGUGAUUGAUGAGCUGCACUAUACACCCAAGGGGGAACUGGAACUGGUUGAACUCAAGACACGCAGACGCCCUAUGCUCCCUCUGGAUGCUCAGAAAAAAAGAGACUGUUUGCAAGUCAGCCUAUACAAAUAUAUCUUUGAUGCCAUGGUACAAGGGAAAGUGACCACUGCUAGUCUAAUCCACCACACAAAAUUGCAUCCAGAAAAGCCCCUGGGUCCUUCAGUGUUGAAGCAUGCUCAACAGGGAGGCUUCUCUGUGACAUCCUUGGGUGAUCUCAUGGAGCUGGUCAUCUUGUCUCUAACAUUGUCUGACCUUCCAGUCAUUGAUAUUCUGAAGAUUGAGUAUAUCCACCAAGAGACUGCCACUGUGCUGGGUUCAGAGAUUGUGGCCUUUGAAGAGAAGGAGCUGAGAAGCAAAGUGCAGCACUAUAUGGCUUACUGGAUGGGCCACCGAGAGCCUCAAGGGGUUGAUGUGGAGGAGGCUUGGAAAUGCCGGACAUGCAGCUAUGCAGAUAUCUGUGAGUGGAGGAAGGGUGGUGGGGUGCACAGCUCCUCGCUAGAGCCCCAAGCCAAAAAAGCCAGAUGA